UUUCAUGUUAGUUGAGCUGAAUCGAUGAAGGAAACGAGGUAGAUCGUGGCGAACUUAAAAUGACUUGAUAUUAAAUGUCUUUCUUUGACUCAUUGUCAUAUCAAAAUGAGACGUGUUAUUUUGUUCCUGUUCCUGUGCCACGCUGCAUCUGCAGUGACACAUUCACUGAAGUAUUUCCAAACAGCAUCAUCAGGAAUCCCAGGCUUACCAGAGUUUGUCAGUCUGGGAAUGUUAGAUGGAGUGCAGAUGGUUUAUUAUGACAGUAACAUCAGGAAAGUAAUUCCCAAGCAGGACUGGAUGGCUGAGAAUGAAGGACCUGAGUACUGGGAGAGACAGACUCAGGCCUCCAUUGGUGCUGAGCAGAUCUUCAAAGUUAACAUUGAAACUGCCAAGAAUCGCUUCAAUCAGACUGGAGGUGUCCACAUCGCCCAGAGGAUGUUUGGUUGUGAGUGGGACAAUGAGACUGCAGAGGUCAGUGGUUAUUAUCAAGACAGUUAUGAUGGAGAAGACUUCAUAGUUUUUGACCUGAAGACAGAGACAUGGAUCGCUCCAAAACCACAGGCUGUCAUCACCAAACUCAAGUGGGACAAUAACAAAGCUUCGAUCGCUCAGUGGAAGAACUACCUGACCCAGGUUUGUCCUGAGUGGCUGAAGAAGUAUGUGGACUAUGGGAGGAGCUCUCUGCUGAGAACAGCCCUUCCCUCAGUGUCUCUCCUCCAGAAGACUCCCUCCUCUCCAGUCAGCUGCCACGCUACAGGUUUCUACCCUGACAGAGCCAUGAUGUUCUGGAGGAAAGAUGGAGAGGAGCUUCAUGAGGACGUGGACCGAGGAGAGAUCCUCCCCAACCAUGAUGGAACCUUCCAGAUGAGAGCUGACCUGAACAUUUCAUCAGUCUCACCUGAAGACUGGAGGAGGUACGACUGUGUGUUUCAGCUCUCUGGUGUGAAGGAGGACAUCAUCACCAAACUGGACCAAGCAGAGAUCAGGACCAACAGGGAGACGUCCAGUGAUGUGACCGUCUUCAUCAUCGCUGCAGUGGUUGUAGUUUCUCUCGUCCUCAUCAUCAUCAUCGUCAUUGGAUUUGUGGUUUACAAAACAAAGAAAGGGAAAUCAGAGAAAUCCUCUCAACAAAACUCAGACACUUCUUCAUGUAUCUCUGAUGAUUCUGCAAAAGAAAGUGACAAAGCACUGAUGAAAGAGCCAGACACACUUUCAUAUAAUUCUUACCAUUCCACCGGAGCAAGUAUAGGCAGCACCACACCACUGAUGAAAAGAUAAGUGACAGUUUGAAGAGGAGGGUGAACUCCGCUCUAUAAUAAUCUGCAACAUUGAACUACAGCAAAGACAAUCUGUAAUCUAUAUACAAAACAUACACAAAAGCAUCACACCACCCAAAUGGA